GAUCGUCACCAGUUUCUCGCUCGCCACAGCCUCGGAACACAAACGUCGGUGCGCGCACACCGCCGCCUCCCGCCGCCCUCCACCCCAGCCGUUUGCCGCUCGGCCAGAGACACCCACCGCCUGCCUCCACCCUGGCGAUGGUGGCUAAAGAUGCCACCGGCUGCUCUUCAGGAGCCAAGCGCUCUUUGGAUGCGCCGGACACGCAGCCGGUGCAACUGCGUAAGGAGCCGGAGGAGCCAAGCAGCAAGCGCGUCAGACCCCAAAGCCGCUCGUCCUUCGCCAGCCUCAUCUCGCCCAUGCGCUCGGCUGCACGGACGCUCGGAAAGCCCCUCCAGCGUUCUGCCAGUGUCCGGUUUGGGGAAGGCCCGAGCCAGCAGCCGUCUACCGGCUCUCGCAGGCUCGCGGCCCGUGUCAGUGCAGAGGCGAGGGCUGGGCCUUCGGCCGCCAAGCGUCACGACGGCCGGCUCUGGUGCGAGACGUUCACGGACGCGGCCGCCUGCCAGCAACUGAGUGCCCACGAGCUGAAGCGUCAGGAGGUCAUCUUUGAGCUUUUCCGUGGAGAGCAUGACCUCAUUAAAGACCUGCAAGUUGCCAAGAAGGCCUACCACGACCCCAUGCUGACCCUGGCCAUCAUGACAGAAGAGGAACUCGCGCAAAUCUUCGGCUCUCUUGACUCGUUCAUCCCUCUGCAUGAAGAUCUCGUGCGGCGGCUGGAUGGAGCUCGCCAGGCGGACGGCUCCAUUCACCACGUGGGACCUCUGCUGCUGGACUGGCUCCCCUGUCUCAGCGCCUACGUCGGCUACUGCGGGAACCAGCUGGCGGCCAAGGCGCUGCUCGACCGCAAGAAGCAGGACCCGCGGGUUCAGGACUUCCUGCAGCGGUGCCUCGAGUCGCCGUUCAGCCGCCGCCUGGAGCUGUGGAGCUUCCUGGACGUGCCGCGCUCGCGCCUCGUCAAGUACCCGCUGCUGCUGCGCGAGAUCCUGCGCCUCACGCCCAGCGAGCACGCCGAUGCCGCGCCGCUGACACGCGCUCUGGACGUAAUGCAGGGCAUCCUGGGCGAGAUGAACACGCGGGCGGGGGAGUCGGAGUGCCGCCACUACAUGGGGCUGCUCGAGUACGUGGACCCGCGGCACAGAGACCCCCUCAUCGCCGCCGCUCGCUCGCUCUGCUGCCACGGAGAGCUGCGCAACCACCGCGGGCAGAAGCUGCACGUGUUCCUGCUGGACGGGGUGCUGGUCAUCACGAGGCCCGGUUACCGCAACGGAGCGCCCAGCUUCCAGGUCUACCGCCAGCCGGUCCCCACGGCGGAGCUCUGCGUGCAGGACCUGCCGGAUGGGACCUCCUUCAUCAGGGGCCCCUUUGGGCCGGCGGAGCGAGGCAAGCACGCGUUCCGCGUCGGCUUCUCCUCCGCGGCACGGGGCCGCAUGCACAACCUGCUUGCCGACAGCGCCUUCAACAAGCAGCAGUGGCUCGGCUGCCUGCGCGCGGCGGCGAGCCGUGCCGCGCCAGCCUCCGUCGCCCUUCCCGCUCCACCGACGAUGGCGACGCCGCCGACGCCGCCGACGAUGGCGACGAUGGCUAGACUGCAGAGCUUCGAGGAUGACAGCGACAUGGAGCUGAGUUCGCAGGUCGGACGGGACGGCUACGCCAGCUGCUCCGACAGCGAGUCGGACGCAGGCUCCACCAUGGACACGAGCGAGUGGGAGAAGGAGGGCGGGUCCCGAUGGACGGAGGUGGACAGCGUGCCCGCGUUCUGGAAUGCGACGCGAUGCGAGGAUUUUGAUGAGCAGCCAUCCACGGCCCCACACGGGGAGUAAAAUGAAUGUAGUUUUGUGUGUGUGUGUUUUUAUUGUAUAUUUCAGUCCAAGGGCGGUUAUCCGUUUUGUUGGGCUGCAUAUUGGGCAGAGGUCGCAAACGGGUUUUUAUUCCUUACCCGUACCCAUACCCGGCCGCACCAGGGUCGCAAACGGGUACCCGUACACGUACCCGGCCGUACCCGUAACCUAGGGUACGGGUAUCGGGUACCUGAUUGCGACCUCUGGGAUGAAGCCAUGUUGCAGGUGCGGGUGGGUUGAUUCUAGGAACUUCAAUUGUGAGAAGAGACAAGACGUUGGGAAAUGAGUGACAAACAGUUACUCACCAGUGACUCACCGUCUACCUGUACCCAGCUGCACCAGGGUCGCAAACGGGUACCCGUACACGUACCCGGCCGGGUACGGGUAGCCGGGUAUCGGGUAGGGUACGGGUAUCGGGUACCCUGUUGCGACCUCUGAUAUUGGGUAUUUCUUCUCUCACACGUUUGCCGCGCACUACAACGGAGAAUCGUCUGGAGUUCAAUUGGAAAUGUGGAUAAUGAUGUGAAUCACGAUGACGUCUAAAACUCCUGAAGAUGCCCGCAGUAGUGCGUGGCGGAAGCCUCAGAGGAAAAAUGUUCAACACGUCGCCCAAAACAAAAGUUGGAUUACCAGCGGCUGCGAAAGCAUGUGUGUUAAAUUGUAAUUUUCGGUGUUAUAUUUUUUACUUUCUCUAAGUUCAAGCCAAUAUAUUCCCAUACAAUUGCUUACUUAUGAUCGUAUCUUCAUGGGGUCAUUGUCAAUGUUAUCGUAUCUUCAUACUUGACCCAAUUACCAUACUUUGUUGACUCAAAUAAAUGUUUAUGGCAAGGCAGACGUUGUCUUGGCACGUACAGACGAAGCAAGCUUGUAGAAAGGGGCAAUUGUAAUAUUUCUAGUUGCAGCCUAAACGAACACGUUUCCUUUUCAUAUUGAGUCACUGCCAUUGACACCACUUGGAGCAUAGGUUUACAUGUGCACACAACCACACUGCAGCUCUUAUUUGCUUAUAACACAGUCCAGAAAUUGCCAGCUAGUGCCCGGAUAAAUUGCGUGCUCGCUGAAUGUGAGGAAUUCGGGGCAGUUCACAUUUUCAGUUGUGAGGGUUCUGUGAACAGCAGUGACAGAGGUAAUGAGCCAAGACGUUUAAAAUGUUUCCAAAUACCACUGUGCAUGGCAUCUGCUUGAGCAAUACUCCUUUUAUUAUUUAUAUUUCGUAUAUGUUGGUAGUAUCAUUCAUUCAUUUUGUUCUGUUACAAAUCAGUUGCCAUCCUCGCUUGGAAAGGAAAUGUUAACGGAACUUUGUCAAUAUGUGCGGCUCUCAGAAGAUGUUUUUUCUUAAAACGUGUAUAAUUUUUUUUAGGAUCAGUUCACAAAUUGCUUGCGGUUAUUAAUGUUCGUCGUUUUUAGCCGUGUCACCAAUGUAUGUACAGUGUUAUGUUGGAGUUAGCUUUUGGCACGUGUUAGGAUAUUCACGGAGCGCGUUGUGGUUAUUGGUCGUUAUCGUCUCUGCAAUCCCAGUUAUUCCCGUGUAUGAUUCCUGGCAGUGUACAUUUUGUGGUAGCUGGGAUAAGGAUUCCACAAGGUCGACCGUGUAUAAUAGGGGUAAAUAGUAGGGAUGAAUUUCACAUUUUAAAAUGUCAGAUUUUAAAGGUUCAUUCAGAUGUAGUUCGAAUCAAUCUAACGUGUCUUUGUGCUCACAAAAGUCACAUCACCCGAUCAUGCUUCCCUGGCAGCACUUUUUGGAAGGAAAAUAACAGAUGUGAUGUCACUUCCUGUAACAUCACGCAGUUCGUAUAAAUGGGAGAAAAAAUAUAUUAUCAUAUUGUGUAAAAUGGCGUAUUUCCAGGCGCAAUUUUUUGAUUAUUUCUGGAAUAAUCUGAAAAUAGGGAACACGUUCCUGGCACAUAGUACUACUAUCUUGUGACGCAAGUGCUGAAAGCCAAAACAUCUGGGUGUGGGGGUAAUGCCUCCAACUCAGAUUGAACAUGUCAUACUGGCCACGUGUCGAGCUAGAUAACAGCGUUUGUGCCAACGGUUUAAUCGGGGUGAAAAUAAGCUAUUGUGUUGUAAUAUACUGUAUUAAAGCUUUUCCUCACUUUUAUAAUAAUUCAAAUUUCAUCUAUGGUUGCACAGCUCCAAAUCGUUGAGCAGAAA